CCGCGAUACCGGCUGUGGGGGAGGGCGGUGACCCGCCCGGAGCACCCAUCUCGGGUUUCCAUGGAGACCAGCGAGGAGAGGUACCUGUCUCCAUGGAGACGCGGACCGGAAGUGGUGACCGGUGCCGGUUGCCAUGGUGACGCUGGAGCGCGUGGCUGACACGCAGAGCAAGAUGGCGGAGCCGGGCUGGGCGGAGAGCGUGAGGGCGGCCAGGAAAACCUCCCUGCUGCAGGACGGCAAGAGAAAAGUCCAUUACUUGUUUGCUGAUGGUGUAGAAAUGGCAGAAGAAUAUGACUCCAAAACACAUGAACUGUUUGUUAGGAAAUGGAGAAAGAAGACUCCACUUGGAGCAUAUGGUCCGUGGGAAAUUGAAGUUGGAGAAGCACCUCUGCCAGUUAGUGCACUUCAGCCGGACUUUUUAAAGGAAAGCAAUUCAAAUCCUAUUUUUAUACGUAAGGAUACAAAAUCAAGCUUUCAAUGGCGAAUUCGGAACCUGCCUUACCCAAAAGAAGUAUACAGUGUUACUGUGGACAAGGCAGAACGAUGCUGUAUUGUGCGAACAACCAACAAAAAAUAUUAUAAGAAGUUUUCUAUCCCCGAUUUGGACAGAUGCAAUCUUGAGCUGUUUGAAAGUGCAUUAAGCUUUGCACACGCUAAUAACACUUUAAUCAUAAAUUAUCAAAAGCCUAAAGAAAUUCUGGCUAUUGAAGAAGAACUCCAGCGAGAGCUAAAGUCGAUGAAAACGAAUGCUGAUGGAGAUGUUGAAUGCAAAACUCAGUGACUCCAAAACCAACUGGAAAUUUUUAUUCAUGCCACUCAUUGUUUAUAAUUUAAUAAAGUCAUAUGCUUACUAUG